GGCAGAUUUCCUUUCAGGGAGAAGCGGCAGGCCAGGAAAGCCUCGUAUGUCUGGCUGGGAGAAUGGACGUCAUUCUUUACAGCCCCGCAGGCACCACUCAGUGACGACCAGAGCUAAAUAAAGGCUGCUGCGUAAAUGAAGGUGUCAUAGAUGAAGGGCGGGGCGGGCGCGGUUGCUACGGGUGCUCGCGCGGCAGGGCUGCCACAAGUGUUUGGGCUCCGGCUCGCGCUGGGGCCUCCGCACGUCAUGUCCCUGCUGCGCCUCUGGACCCCACGGGUCCUUCUCACGUGGCAGUCGUUGUGGCUGCUGGUCCAGGCAGCUCCGCUUCCGGAGUGGGCCUGGAACCUCGUCCCGCUCACCUCCGAACCCCGAGGACCGACCGACCGCCGGUCUUCCCGCUCCUCUGAUCUCCCACCCGAGUCGCCCCCUGCGCUUACACCCUCCGCAGACCCCGAGGGCUUUGCUUACCUGGGGUCCUCUGCUUCUUCCCAGAUGUUGGCCCCGCCUCAGGAGUUGACUGAGACUUCGGCUCCAUUCCUGGUCACGCAGUCAGCUCAAGAGCUGCUUCCAGGGCGAGAUCAGUUUGCUGUUCCACAUCGGGAUCUGAAUGACAAGCUGAUUCGACAACAAAGGCUCCCGGAGGUGGUUCCAGUGCCAGGUUGGGAUCAGACUCAAGUCCUACCUCAGCCUCCUCAACUCAGAAGUAAGAUUCAAGCUGUAGGUCUAGAUCAGGCUGCAGAUCACCAGGCAUCGGAAAUACUUGUUUCACCUCUAGAAAGGUUUAUUAUUUCACCAAAGAACCUAAAGAAAGGUCUAGCCCAGCAUCCACAGGUUGCUAAGGUGGUUUUUGGAACUUCAAAUCAAUUUGCAUCAAAACCUCAGCAUCAAAAACAAACUCUACAAGAUGAUGAUUAUCUAGAUCCAAGUAUGGAUAAAGUUUAUCCUCGUGGCCUACCUCUGGAAUUCCUGGAGAACUUAGAUGAGCCUGCAGGGCCCCCUGAACUUUCCCAAUUCCAUCUAGAGGAUGAAACUCAAAAUCCAGAGACCCCUGAGAAGAUCCAAUCUUUUUCACUCUAGCUAGAGCCCAGAACAAUCCCCCAGGAGGCAGAACCUUCUUCAACCCAACAGGAGGUCCCAGCUCAGCCUCCUGAUCAGGUUGAACUUUCUUCAACAGAGCAGGAGGCCACAGCUCAGCAGCUACCUGAUACUGAAGAGGUUGUAGCUCAGCCGUCAAUACAUCAUGAAGUAAAUGUUCCAUCUCCAACUCAGCCCCCAGAGCACCAUGAUGAGGUAGAACCUUCUUCAACCCAACAAGAGGCUCUAGCUCCUGAGGAGAUUGAACCUCCCUCAACCCAACAAGAAGGCCCAGUUCAAAGACCAGAGCUCCCUGAGGAGUUUGAACCUUCUGCCACCCAGAGGGAGACCCCAGCUGAGUCUCCAGACUUUCCUGUGGAGGCUGAACCUUCCAUUAGUGAGCAGGAGCAGCCAGCUCAGCCUUCUGAGUUUCCUGAGGAGAGUGAACCUUCUCAGACCCAGCAGGAGGCCAUAGCUCAAGCUUCAGAGUCCCCUGUAGACAAGUUCACCCUCAUUGUUAUAAUUUGCCCCAAUGUUACAGUUAAACCUCCGGAUAUGGAGGUUACCAUAACUUCAGAGCCUACCAAGGAGACUGAAUCUUCUGCAGCCCAGCUGGAAUCUCCAGCUCAGCCUUCAGAACAUCCUGAGGAGGUGGAACCUCCUCCAAUCCAGCAGGAGCAACCAGCUCAGUCUCCAGAGCAUCAUGAAGUAACAGUUUCAUGUCCAGAUAACCAUCAAACUCAGCAUUCAGACUUGCCCAAUGUGGUUACAUUUCACUCAGGUCAGUAGCUCACCAUAGCAGAAGAGCCUACCACAGAGGUGGGAACUUCUCCAGUCCACCAAGAGGCUAUAGCUGAGCUCUCAGGGCAAGUCAAUGAUGUGGAACCUUCUUCAACCCAGCAGGAGGCCUCAACUCAGCCUUCAGAGCUCCCUAGUGAAGUCAUAGCUCAACCUCCGGAGCAUCAUGAGGUAACAGUUUCUCCAGUUCAGCCUUCAAUGUUACACAAUGUCACUAUAAAACCUGUGGAUCAUGUGGUUACCACAACUCCUGAGUUCACUAAUGAAGUUGAAAUUCCAACCCAACAGGAGGCCCCAGCUCAGUCUUCAGUGUCCCCUCAGCAGCUUAAACCUUUGAAAGGCCAAGAAGAGCCAAACUUCCCUGAAAAAGAUGAACAUUCUCCAAUCCAUUAUUCAACAGGAGGCCCAUCUGAGCCACCAGUGUCCCCUAAGGAGGUGAACAUCUGGGACCAGCAGGAAGCCUUGGGCCGUCCUCCAAAGUCCGCUGAAGAGGUCAGACCUUCUCCACCUCAGCAGGAGUUUCCAGCUCAGCCUUCAGAGCCCCCUAAGGAGGUUGUAGUUCAACCUUCAGUGAAUUAUGAGAUGACAGUUCCAUCACCAGGUCAGGAUCAAGCCCAGUAUCCAACAUUACCCACUGUCACAGGUCAACCUUUGGACCUGUGGCUUACCAUAACUUCAGAACCCACUAUAGAUUUCAAACUUUCUUCAAUUAUGCAGGAGACCCCAAAUCAACCUCCAGAGCCACCUAAGGAAGUUGUAGCUCAACCCCCAAUAUCUCAAGAGGUUACAAUUCCAACAACAGGUCAGGAUCAAGUCCAGAAUCCAAUAUCGCCCACUGUCACACUUUGACCUUUGGACCUGGAGCUUGCCGUAACUCCAGAACCCACUACACAUGUUGAACUUUCUCCAGUCAUGCAGGAGACUCCAAUUCAACCUCCAAAGCCACCUAAGGAAGUUGUAGUUCAAUGUCCAGUAUAUCAAGAGGUGACAGUUCCAACACUAGAUCCUGAAAAAAAACACUCUUCCUUUUUCACAGUUGAAGAAGCAUCUCUAGGGAAUACAGGAGGAUCUACACUCAUGAAGGUAUUACAAGCCCGGAAGCAGCACACCAGCACUGAGCUGACUAUUGAGCCAGAGACACCUGCAGAUAAAAAUGGCAUCAGCUUGUCAGGCUUCAUGAACAAGCAGGUGGACUUCAAUGACAAAAGCGAUGUUAUUAGUGCACUAAAUUACAUAUUGCCUUACUUCUCAGAGGAAAAUCUAGAAGAUGUAGAAUCAACGUUAUUACCGUUCAUUAAACUGCUUUUUUCAAAUGUACAAGAUGGAGACAAGACCCUGAGUCAUCUCAAAAACAAUACAAAGACCGCCUCUCUUGAACCUGCAUCCAACAAUUCACCUUACACAAAGAAAUGGAGGAAACUCUAUUUUCUGGAAAAUUUGUUAGAUGCAGAAAUUCAAGACAAAAUUGACAAGGUUAAAAAGAAAGAAAAAACUCCCAUGCUUAUGCAGUCUAGCCUUUUAGGUCCCAAAUUUAAACACCAAAUCUUUCCCCCAAAAUUGGAAACUGCUCAGCCACAGGAAAGCAGCCUGGCAGAGAUUGAGGGUAUAGGGAAAAGGCGGCAGAGGAUGAAGAUAGUCCUCAAGGGGCCCAAGGGCAUAAGGAAAAAGAUCUUAGAAGAGGAGAGAAUCAGGAGAAAACAGAGUGCCUGGCCAAUUGCAAAGAAAAUUGCCAAAGCGAGAAGGUUUGGGAGACCAGUGCCCAGUGAACUGGAACAGCUUCAUGCGGUGCAGAGGCCCAGGAAGUUUGUGGAAAUCUCCUUCCGCACCAAGCCUUCGUUCACACAGGAGCAUAAGGCAGCUGUCUCUUUACUGAAACAGGACUCAGUGGGCGUGCCUUCUGCUCCCACCACUGCAAACCCCCCACCUGAGGUUAAAAGCAAAUCAGAAGACUUGAGAGACUCCAUUUUUGUUUUAGAAGACGCAAAUGCUAGAGUUAAAAGUAUGGAGGCUGCUAAGCCAAUUGUACAUUCCAGAAAAAAAUACUACUUUCAUAAAACUCAUUUCCAUGUGGCCCAUAGAACACCCAAGGCCAAACUAAGUCAAGAGGUCAAAAAGAAAAGUUUGCUGAAAAGACUGAUAUUUGCAAACAGGCCUCCAUUCUCUCCAGUAAGGAGACUCAUAAAUUUCCCUUCACGUUAAGCUUUUUCGUCUUCAGGAGAUCCGAGUCCUCAGGAGAAUCCUUUUCCAGAAUUAUUUACUCUUUCAGAACUUUCUACAGAAAACAUUAGUAUAUCUCCUGAAGGAAAUAUGUGGCCCUUUUCCAGCUGGGGACUUCCCCAUUGAUUAUACUCUACUUGGGCUGUGAGCUGCAUUUUAUAUCACAAACACAUACACAUAUGCUGUAUAGACAUAAGUAGUGUUAUCAGAACAA